UUACUGUUAUUGUAGUUAUCAAACGGACAGCUGCUGUGACUGUAACCCCUCUGGAUGAAGAUGGACCUCCCCGCCAUGUGCGUCCUCCAGACCCUGCUGGUGCUGAUGAUUUUGCCCCAUGUUGCCUCUGCUCCUUGCCCCCGACCCUGCUCCUGCCCCCAGCCCACUGAGCUCCACUGCACCUUCCGCUCCCUCAUCACCAUCCCAGCUGCUGUACCUAAACAUGUGGAACGCAUGAAUCUGGGGUUCAACAGCAUUAAUAAGAUCACAGAAAAAUCACUUGCUGGCCUGAGGAAGCUGGAGCUUCUGAUGGUUCAUGGGAAUGAUGUCCACAGUCUGCCUGAUGGAGUUUUCAGAGACCUCAUAUCACUGCAGAUGUUGAAAAUUAGCUACAAUAAACUGAAGGAAAUCAACAGACACACCCUUCAGGGUCUGUGGGCUUUGGCCAGGUUACACCUGGAUCACAACCAUCUGGAGUUCAUACACCCAGACGCCUUCCAGGGCCUCACCUCCUUGCGACUGUUGCAGCUGGAAGGCAACCGUCUUCAGCAGCUCCACCCAGCCACCUUCACCACCUUCACCCUGAUGGACCACUUCCACGUCUCCACCUUGAGGCACCUCUACCUGUCAGACAAUGGGUUAAUGUCACUGCCCUCCAAGCUGGUGGCAACCAUGCCUCAGCUGGAGAAUCUGUUCCUCCAUGGAAACCCGUGGACCUGCGACUGCAACAUGAGGUGGCUCCAUGACUGGAAUAAAACCUCACCAGGUGUCUUGAAAUGUAAAAAGGACAGGGCACUCCCUGGUGGCCAGCUGUGUCCUAUAUGCUCCUCUCCCAGGCACCUCCAGAGUAAAGAGCUCCAGGCUGUGGAGAACCUGGUCUGUAGCCGCCCCAUCAUCAGCUCUAUUCACAGGACAACCCUACCUGAGGACGUUGAGAGUGAGGUAAUGACCACAGAGGAUUUCAGAGAACCAUUUGGCAACAUCUCCCUGGGCCUGUCAGACGAACAUGGGAACGAGGUGGAUCUGGAAUGUAGCAUUGGUGAACCUAGAGAGCUUACCAAGAUCAACUGGGAGCAAGUGAACCAACUCCAGCUGGCGUCCAACAUCACGUUGUCAGUGGAUCUUGAAUGUCCUGUUGAUAGAGAAAAGUAUGAGCGACUGUGGAGAUUAAUUGCAUACUACAGCAACGUGCCAGCCCACUUACAAAGAGAGAUUAUGCUCAGUAAAGAUCCUUAUCCAACCUAUGUGUAUAGACAGGAUUCUGAGAAGGAUGCCCUGUACUACACAGGUGUUAAGGUUAACAUCAUGGCCCAGGCAGCGUGGCUGAUGCAGACAUCUAUGGACCUUCAGCUGAACAGACUUCAAUCAUCAGGCAAGAUGGUAAAGUUGAUCUUGAGCACCUACUUGUCAGAGAUAGUGGACGUGGAGUUGGUGCGGAGACAGAAGAGGACAUGGGUCAUGAUCGAGUCAACAAACACGACUCGAAAAGUGUUUAGUGCUAUCCUGGGAAGCCCAAGUCAAAUGUACUGUAAUGUGCACAGUUCUGACCAACCAGUUAUCCACUGGAUGCUGCCAGACGGCUCCAAGAUGGAGGCACCGUAUAGCAGCCCAGACAACAGGGUGUCUGUGUCCACUGAUGGACGGCUGGUCAUUAAAUCUGUCAGCCAUGCAGAUACAGGAAUUUACUACUGCCUUGCCAAGGUUCAUGGAGACCUUGCUGUCCUGUCAUUCCAGCUGACAGUGCAGGAAUCCUCUAGCCCUCCUCCAGGGGAAGAUGCCUCACUUACACCUAUCGAAGGAUUUGCAGGGAACCCCAUUUCCCUGCCUUGUACUGCAUCUGGAUCCCCUGAUGCUGAAAUUAACUGGAUUCUACCAAGCAGCAACAUAGUUAGUUUCCAAGCCAAUUCCACCAGAGCAUUAGUCUAUUCAAACGGCACUCUGCAUAUCCCACAGACUCAGUUAUUGGACAGUGGUUAUUAUAAAUGCAUUGCUAUGAAUCAGCAUGGUGUGGAUACAGUGGCUACAAAAAUCACUUUAGUAAGGCGCAAAGGGAUGAUAAGGCCUUUGAGGAAGUUUCCAGUACAACCUCAGUCAGCUUCAGGGGUCAACACUAAGAUUAAAGUCCCAACAGAGGACACAGAGGAGGCAUCAGGGGACACUGAGGUUACUCGGGAGGGGGCUCCAAAGGGCCGCCUGGAUCCUUUGAGAAGGAGAGUUCCAGGAGGUGUGGCGCCAGGUAGGAGGGGUGUACAUCCAUCAAGGAGUAUGCGGCAGAGACAACCGGUGCUUCGAAAACCAACAGGAUCACGUGUUGACGACAGUAAGAAUACAGUUGAAAACAGGAGGAGGAUAAAUAUGUCAAAGAGUAAAAUAGACCCAGAGAAGUGGGCUGAUAUUUUGGCUAAGAUUAGGGACAGAAAUGCUCAGAAUACUGUGACACCAAUCUCAGAACAGCACACAACAGAAAGGAAACAGACAGAGCAGACAACACAGUCACAAGAAAAUAUUGAAGGAUCAUCAGAUGGCGUGGCUGUGCAAGAGAAAGACGGCCAAGUUUACUCCACAACACCACACAUUCCAAUACAACAUACACAAAUGAAAACUAAUAAACACAUUACACAAGGCCAAGGCACAUAUGUGACUUCUAAGAGCUACACCACACAUAAUAUACAUGAUAUGAUAUCAAACAGCAGUUACACACGUGGCAUGCAUGCUACAGCAAAGCCUCAUACAACACAGAGUACGUACGAUGUACAGCACACAACUCGUGAUACAAACUUGGAGCUACAAACUACUUCAAGCAGUGUUUUUUCACUCCCACAGACCACAUCUGUUACCCUACAUGCUGUCACUUUUUGGCAGGCUAACACAAACACUGCAAGUAGCAGCAGUACAUUUUCUCUACAAGAAAACCAUAGCACAAAUACAGAUGUUGAUGGAGUCAAAACAGCUGAUUGGUUCAAGGCAUCGGAGAGGAGUAAUAAUAUAGAUAGACCGAAUGUUGUUGCCAGCUCUAAUAAUGACAGAGAACUCUCUUUGAGUGGAAGUCAGAUUAUCCCUUCAGUCAACCCAAAUGAAUCAGAACCAAGCCAAGAAGGAAAUGGAAAAUAUCAUAGUGAGACUGUAACAUCACAGCCGCAUACUCAGCCACAGGCCACAACACUUGAUGAUUUUCAAUCUCAAGCAAUGACCACAACAACAUCUCACACAACUAAUAUUGUGUCCACUACAACUAGAAGGAAGGAGUUUGAAGAACAGUCACCCCCACGCCACCGACAACAUAACUCUCGGAGAAGGAAUGGGAGUCAAAGAAGAAAGCCAAACAGAAGGAAGCAAAAGCUGAAUAAACCCACCCAGUUUAUUACCACCACAUCAGCAAAUUCUCCCCUAGCAACAGUCAGGACCACUGCCUCUACAAAGCUAAAAAUAGAACUAUUAGAAGUAACAACAGCCAAUUUCAAUACCACUGUUCCAUUCACUGACAGCCAAGCAGUGUCAUCAGGCAGACUGAGUCAUAAAGAAAGCACAGUCUCCAGGCAUGACGACGAGGCAGCCACCAAACCCUCCUCACUACCAGCUUCUCCCCUGGAAACAAAGGACAGCCUUCUACCUCUGGCCAAACCACUAUUCAAAAGCACAUCAGUGGCACCAUCAUUUCCAACAGCCUCUCCAGAAGCAGGUCACGGAAAGACUAGUUCUCAAACAGCCUUGGGAAUCUCAGAGAGUGCAUCUCCCUCAGAGCACUUGGAUGUGCUCACAUCAGCCGUUCAGCAGAGUUUUAUGGGUAGCUCUCUUCCACCUGUUAAACCCUCAGAGGAGACGCAAACAGAAAGCAUUACGGGAGACCUUGAACCUGUGCCACGGUUUGACAGUUCCUCUGGGGGUCUUCACACUGCAACGCAAGUACAAACAGAUUUCAAGAAAAAUCAGUCAGGCCAUCAAUACACACCCACCAAAAAGGCUGAAGAGAUUGGCAAGCAUUUUUCACUGUUGCAAUCUCAAUCUACCUCAGCUGAUUCCUUGGUUGUACAUGAAAUCAUUGCAACCUCUGGCACAUAUACUCCAAGUAGUUCAAUUACAACACCAAGCAUGCUUUUUGAGGGUGUUUUGAAGACAGUACAGGUUACCACAACAACACCUACAGUCCGUGAGAGAUCUUAUCAUAGUUUCAGUCAAAAUAAGACCACAGGUAGUGAGUCAGGGGUAGAUCAGCAUCUUAAGGAAACUGGAGUUAAUGUUGAUGCUCCUAUCACAAGUACCACCGUUACAACACCUCCCUCUGCAACUUCAUCAAUGCCUGAUCCUUUGAUCCUACCUAGUGUGGUGCCACAUGUCACACUGCCCAAAACAUCUUACGGAGGAGCUGAAAUGGGCCCUUCACUGCCAGCCACCAACCGGGAAGCUCCAAGAAUCAACGGCAUCCCAGACAACCACACUCAAGACCAACAAAUCCAACCCAUCACCACGUCAGAGCCUAAGACAAUAUCAGACUCACAUCCUGAAACCCAAUCACCUGACCACAAACUGGCUCUAUUUAUUAGUACAAAUCCAACUUCUACAGCCCUACAACUGACCAACAGGCAGACAAUCAAGCAGACAACUACCCCUACCCCAACAAUUACUGCAAUCCAGACUGAUCCAUCCAGAGAGGGACUACUAACAAGCACUCAGGAUGUGUCCAUAAAACACCAGCUACCUGAACAAGGAUCUAUUCCAAGGGGGAAGCCAAGGAUAACCAAGAGUAAUUUCCAGACUUUCACUGUGAAAGCUGAAACAGAUGCUCAGCUUCCAUGUGAGGUUGAAGGCGAGCCGAUGCCCUUCCUGUCAUGGACUAAAGUUGCUAGUGGGGCGAGUAUUGCUCAGAACACCAGGGUCCAGAGGUUUGAGGUCUAUCUGAAUGGUACAUUAAUCAUCAGGAACACACAGCCCAUGGACGGGGGCCAGUACCUGUGCAUGGUCCAGAACCAGUACGGUACAGACAAGAUGGUGGUCAACCUUGUGGUCCUGUCUCAACAUCCGCGGGUCCUCCAGCCUCGGCACAGAGACAUCACUGUGCAUCUAGGUAGCAACACUGAUUUGGAGUGUAAAGUGGAGGGGCACCCUACACCCCGAGUUACAUGGGUGCUCCCUAACCAUGUCCACAUGAUUGCUGCUCCACUUGGUAUUGCCUCUCAGCAGCGUGUGGCCAUCCUGAGUAAUGGAACCCUGCGGAUCAGCCAGACCAGUUACACAGACAGAGGAAUUUAUAAGUGCAUUGGUAGCAGUGCAGCUGGAGCAGACACAGUCUCAGUCCGCCUUUACGUCUCAGCAUUGCCACCUGUGAUUCAGCAGACACAAUAUGAGAACAAAACACUUACAGAGGGCAGCACUGCCUACAUCCACUGCACUGCCACAGGUGCCCCCCAACCUGUCAUCCGCUGGCUCACACCUGAUGGCGUACAGCUCACUGCUUCCCAAUUUGUUACUGGAGGCAAUCUUUUUGUAUUCCCCAAUGGGACUCUCUACAUGCGUGGACUGGGCCUGGGGAAUGCUGGAAGAUAUGAGUGCACAGCCAGUAAUGCGGUGGCAUCCAGCAGAAGAGCAGUGAUCUUAAGUAUAAGGAGGAAUCCAUCCUCUGCCAAGGCUAGCAUCACCUCAUCAUCUCCCCAGAGGACAGAUGUGAUCUAUGGGGAGAAGCUGCUGCUCAACUGUGUGGCAACCGGUCAGCCAGAGCCCCGAACCAUCUGGAGGACGCCCUCAAAGAAGCUAGUAGAUAAUCAGUACAGUUUUGACCCCAGGAUCAAGGUGUUUUCCAACGGGACCAUAACUGUCCAUUCUGUGACCGACAAGGACAGUGGUGAUUACCUGUGUGUGGCACGUAACAAGAUGGGUGAUGACUAUGUUCUGCUGCGGGUCAACGUGCUGACCAGGCCAGCCAAGAUUGAGCAAAAGCUGCAGCGAUCCAGUCAGGAGGUGGUGUACGGUGGAGACCUCAAGGUGGACUGUGUGGCAUCUGGGCUCCCCAAUCCUGAGAUAAGCUGGGCACUGCCGGAUGGCACCAUGGUCAACCCAGUCAAACAGAGGGAUAGUGUCAGUGGGGGGCGCAGUCGCAGGUAUGUAGUGUUUGACAAUGGGACACUGUACUUCAAUGAUGUUGACAUGCGAGAGGAGGGUGACUACACCUGCUAUGCCGAGAACCAGCUAGGCAAAGAUGAGAUGAAGGUCAAAGUCAAGAUCAAGGUUUCAACUGCUCCACCAAAAAUCCAGGAUAAAGACCAAAAGAUCAUCAAGGUUUUCUACGGUGAGACAGUGUCACUGAGGUGUAAUGCCAAAGGGGAACCAAUGCCAGUCAUCACGUGGAUAUCCCCAACAAAUAGAGUAAUCUCCCCUACCUUAGACAAAUACCAGGUCAUAAAUGAUGGGACAUUGGUGGUUCAGAAGGUACAACGUUUUGAUGGAGGUAACUACACCUGCACAGCCAGAAACAGUGCAGGACAAGACCAUAAAGUCAUCAUGCUGGAGGUCAUGGUAACACCUCCAGUGAUCAAUGGCUUGAGAGGCACUGAAAAUGCCAUUAGGGUGGACACAGUCCAGGAUCAGCGGAAAUUGGUGGAUUGUGUGGCAAAGGGAACUCCUACCCCUCGCAUCAUGUGGGUCCUACCAGGAAAUAUUAUCCUCCCUGCACCAUACUACAGCAACAGAAUGGCAGUUCACCGGAAUGGAACCUUGGAAAUCCGGUCACCUAAGAGGACAGACUCAGGGCAGCUGGUUUGUAUCGCUCGUAAUGAAGGAGGGGAGGUCAGGCUGGUCGUUCACUUGAAUGUAAAGGAGCUUGUCGAGAGGCCACAAAUUAGAGGCCCCAAAACAGAUAGCCUAUCACUGAAUGUGGGGAAUGCCCUAACGUUGAACUGCUCCUUCGAGGGCACAAUGUUACCUCACGUCACUUGGAUCCUACCCAACGGUACACCUUUGCUGAGUGGUGCUCGGUCCUCUAAGUUUUUCCACCGGCCAGAUGGCUCUUUGAUUAUCAGUAAUCCGUCUAUUGCUGAAGUUGGUACGUACCGCUGCCUGGGGCGUAAUUCUAGAGGACUUGUGGAGAGUAUCAUCACAUUGUCUCCAGGGAGAAAGCCGGAGAUCAACAACAAAUACAACACUCCUGUCAGCGUUAUGAAUGGGGAGACCCUUUUGCUCGAUUGUCAAACCAGUGGUGAACCCCUCAGACUAACAUGGACAUUACCCAGUGGGGUUGUCCUCAACAGGCCGCAGAGAGCUGGGCGAUAUGCUGUACUGUCCAAUGGAACACUUGCCAUCCAACAAGUAUCAGUUUAUGAUCGGGGGUCCUAUGUUUGCCGAGCUGCAAAUGAGUAUGGCAGCUCUCAGCUGUCUGUGUCAGUAAUUGUGAUUGCGUACCCACCUCGUAUUACUAAUGGUCCUCCCUCUGUAACUUAUGCCAAGCGUGGAGUCGCUGUUCAGUUGAACUGCAUAGCAACUGGGAUCCCUAGAGCAGAGGUGGCAUGGGAAACACCUGAUAAAACCCGCUUGGCUGUCACUGCACAGCCACGCCUUUUUGGAAACAAGUACCUCCAUCCACAAGGCUCCCUCAUUAUCCAGAAUCCAACAGAAAGAGAUGCUGGUGUCUACCGAUGCACAGCCAGGAAUGCCAUUGGCAUAGACUCUAAAGCUACACUUCUCAAUGUGUUCUGAAAAAUGUCACUGUUCAUCAUGAUCCAUCGCCAUACUGUAUGCCCAAGCAACUGCCCAGUUAAAAGCAGCUAAUGUUUUUAAUUCUCAAAAUGUUGUAAAAACUGCUGUCACAUUGAUAAAAGAAUGACUUGAUUGAAAACUGCAGUGCUAUAGAGGCCAUGAAUUGAUGAUAUUUUGUAUGCUGUAGUUGAUCAUUUCCACUAUUUUGUGUGUAAUCCAAAUCACUGAGAAAUAUAAGUGGACCUCCCAUUUUAGAGCAUUUAGUUACUUUUCAUAGUAAUUUUGCUAUAGAAAUGUUGACCAUGGGGAAAAACAGACUAAAUUAAUACUUUGCUUUGACAUACGUAUGUUCACCUGUCCCCAUUCACCGAUUGCAAUUUUUCAGUGUAGCACUGCAUUAUUAUAAUAGUUUUUGCAUGUAGACAGUUGCCAUGUUCUUGUAAGUUUAUACCAUCAACCAUCUAAUUGUUGGGUUUUACAGCUUAUGACCAGCUUUUAGCUAAUAACUUAAGUACAGUGGUGACCUUUACCAAAUGAUAGCAUUAUAAGCAUUAAAAUGAUUUCAUGUAAUGGCACUACUAAAUGGUCAGGGUUGUCUGGCUCUAUGCUGUUAGCCCUAUGCUCUCUAACCACCAUAGCAAAGCCAAAUUUAAAUAAAACAUAUAGGCACGUUUCUCAACUUCUCUAUAUUUCAAAUCACUCAGGGAAGUGGGGGACAUAAAGGAAAAACUCCUCUAUACUCCUACUAUGCUUGGAAAAAAGAGAAAUAACCAACCAAUCAAGUAACAACUAUGAUCUACUAUGUCAUCACCUCAUGCAAUCUGGUGAACACUCUAUAAAAUGUACUUGAAGGGCAUAAAUUCGCAAAGGUGAUGUUGAUUUCAUUCCAAUGAAGUAGAAAGCACUCAGAGUGCACUCUUAUGCCAAGACUGCAGAGCAUUCAAUUCUUUAUUUUAAUAACAAAGAGUUGUUCAGAAUCUGCAUCCGCAUCCAGAAAUCAUCAAAAUACAGAUACUAUUAUGUUGCUGAAGCACCACCAUAGGCGUAAUGUUAUCAUUCAGAGUUCAUAUUGAAUGUAUCAUCUCAAUCUGAUUGUGUAUUGUGUUCAAGAGUCAUGGCAAUUUGUCAAAUUUGUCAGUGUGUUUUUUUAGUAGUGUUUGACAUCCCUUGCUCACUAACAGACAGACAAAUGGGACCAAAAACAUAACAUGGAAGAGGCUGCAAACCAUAUAAGUAAGUAUAUGGUUUACUUAUAAGUAUAUGAGUAGUAAACUGUGGAAUCUGAGUAACGUGAAGUUAAAAUUGAAUGUUUCCCCUUUUAUAUUGUCCUCAGCAUUUUGGGGACUACUAGGCAAGUGGAAAUGUAACAGCCUACAAAAUAACAUCAUUUUUGCCUCUAUAAGCUGCGCUCAAGGUGUUAAACAUUAAAGCAAUUGAUCCUU